AUGAUAAAGUCACAAAGGGGCAAGCCGAUGAUAAAGAUUGGCAAUAACACCUUCUGCCACAAGGUCACUCACAAAAUGAAGACCACUUGGGUAUGCUCCACGCACAAGAACAAAGCGUUUGAAGUAAUACGAUCGCGCAAAGGCAACCCCUUAAUAAGAAUGGACGGCUACACUUUUUGCAAGAAGGGCAGUUCUGGCGUCAAGACCAGGUGGUCUUGCUCUACGCACAACCAUAAAGGCUGCUCCGCGCUGAUACACACCGUUGUCGAAUACGUGAAAUCCCGACGCGGCCGCGACCUGAUACUCCUCGGCGGCUACACGUUCUGCUGUCAGAGCUACGCCGGACGUCGGAGGCGGUGGGUCUGCUCCACCCACAACCACAGGAAGUGUCGCGCGGUGGUCCACACCUACGACGACCACGUCCUAAAGCUGGCAGUUUAUCUAUUGCCCUUCAUCAGUAUUAUUCGAAGUCACAAAACACGCAAUAAAACCGGGUACUAUUCGCAACCCGAGGAGGAAGCGGGCACGUCAAGUGACAUCGUACGCCAAUUUCCAGAUACGUGCGAGUAUGUGCCAUCGAGGAAAACCGGCCGAAUGAUGAUCAAAGUCGGCGGCUACGUGUUCAGCCAGCGCUCGUCGACCGGCGCCAAGAAGCGCUGGGUCUGUUCGACCCACGUGUUCAGAGGCUGCCGCGCCCAAAUUUACACCGUUUACGCGGUCUUCGUCCACUCGAGGACGGGGAGGCCUAUGGUGCUGUUCGGCGGCUACACGUACAGAAUACACCGGGCGACGCCAACGAAGACCAGAUGGGUUUGCUCCAGCCACAAGCACUGCAGGGCCUGCCUCCACACGAUCGACGGGGUCAUCGUCAAAGUUUGCGACGUCCAUACGCAU